UUCCUGCUUCUUCUUCUCUCUCUCUCUCUUCAACAAUGAUACUAAUCAUAUCCUUCAUCAUCGUCUCCAUCUCCUUCUUCUUCAUAUUCUCACUCUUUCACACAAUCUUCAAUCAAAAGCUACGUUACUGCAACUGCGAGAUCUGCCAUGCUUACCUCACUUCAAGCUGGAGAAAAGAUUUCGUCAAUCUCAGCGAUUGGUACGCUCAUCUUCUCCGGCGUUCUCCGACGUCGACGAUCAAAGUCCACGUCCUCAACAGCGUCAUCACCGCGAAUCCAUCUAACGUCGAACACAUCCUCAAAACGCGGUUCCACAAUUACCCGAAAGGUAAACAGUUCUCCGUCAUCCUCGGCGAUCUCUUGGGCCGUGGGAUUUUCAACUCCGACGGUGACACGUGGCGUUUCCAGAGAAAACUCGCGAGUUUGGAGCUCGGGAGCGUCUCCGUCAGGGUUUUCGCUCACGCCAUCGUGAGAACCGAGAUCGAAACGCGGUUAAUUCCGGUUCUGACUUCGUUCUCGUCAGAACCGGGUUCGGUUUUGGAUCUUCAAGAUGUUUUCAGGAGGUUCUCGUUCGAUACGAUUAGUAAAUUGAGUUUCGGGUUUGACCCGGAUUGUCUCCGGCUUCCUUUUCCGACGUCGGAAUUCGCCGUUGCGUUCGACACGGCUUCGACGCUUUCCGCGAAACGCGCGUUGGCUCCGUCUCCUCUGCUGUGGAAAAUCAAGAGGGUUUUGAGAAUCGGUUCUGAGAAACAGCUUAAGGAAUCAAUCGAUGUGAUAAACCGGUUAGCUGGUGAUUUGAUUAAGCACCGGAGGUUAACCGGUCUGACGGAGAAAAACAACGAUUUAAUCUCGAGAUUCAUGGCGGUUGUGGCGGAGGAGGACGAUGAGUAUCUCAGAGACAUCGUAGUAAGCUUUCUACUGGCUGGUCGGGACACGGUGGCCGCCGGUUCAACCGGAUUUUUCUGGUUAUUGAUACAUCAUCCGAAAGUAGAGAACCGGAUCCGAGAAGAAUUGGACCGGGUCAUGGGUCCCGGUUUUGAAUCAGUCACUGCCUCUUGCGAUGAAAUGAGAGAUAUGGACUAUUUGCAUGCGGCGUUGUACGAAAGCAUGAGAUUGUAUCCGCCGGUUCAAUUUGAUUCCAAAUUCGCUUUAAACGAUGACGUUUUAUCCGACGGUACAUUUGUGAAAAGAGGGACUAGAGUCACGUAUCAUCCUUACGCAAUGGGUCGGAUGGGUCGGAUAUGGGGUCCUGAUUACCAAGAGUUUAAACCGGAGAGGUGGUUGAAUAAUGAAGGUAAAUUCCGACCCGAAAAUCCGGUUAAGUAUCCGGUUUUCCAGGCUGGAGCUAGGGUUUGUGUGGGGAAAGAAAUGGCCAUCAUGGAGAUGAAAUCUAUAGCCGUGGCGAUCAUUAGGAGGUUCAAAAUACGAGCGGCAGGUCUUGGAUUCACCGAGACACUCCGGUUUAUGCCGGGGCUAACAGCGACGGUUAAUGGUGGAUUGCCGGUUUUGAUCCAAGAAAUGAGAACUUAAAGACCAAGGAAUCGUUCCCGACCAAAAAAAUAAAUAAAAAGAAAGACUAAGGAGUCGUUUUUUAAUCAAUUUAGGUUCAAAAAUUUUAAAGUCAGAUAUAUAUUAAUACUUUAUGAAACAUAGAUAGUCUGGUUUUAAACUGAUCAAUUAUUGUUAACAUGCAAACACACUUGGUGACAAUAUCUAUGUGUACCAUUUGUAUCUACUAGGGUUGAGUUCGCGCGGAUUUGAACGUAUGUUCAUAUUUUUAUAUGCUAUUUCUUAAAAAGAGUUUGUUUGAUAAAUUUCUUUUCUUUGUUUAAGAAAUAUUUUUUAUGGUUUGCAUUGUGUUAACAAUGUCUGUAUUCUAUUAGUUAUUUUUAAUAGUGUUUCUAUAUAACAACAAAUUUUUCUC